UUAUUUUUUCGAUUUUCAGUUAAGUCCCCCUAACGAACCAACAUAAACGCGCUUUUUGUCAAGACAAAAACAACGAGAGAAAAAACGAUAAAACUCUUCUAGCAGCAAGCAAAGUAAAAAAUUCAAUUUCCUUCGUAACAUUCCCUCCUUUUGUUAUAAAUACAACCAAACUUAAAAUCUCAAACUAAAUAGUAUUACUACAUUCUAAACAACAAAGUGUAAAUAGCAAAAAAGUGUUUUUUUCGUUUGUUUUGAUAUUUCAAAUCUCUCAAAACUACGAUCAACCAUGAAAGUCAAAGUCGAUUCUACAACCAAUAUUUCAAAACUUAAAGUUCAAAAUAAAACACCCCAAGUUACAAAAACAUCACCGGAAAAGGAUGUCGUCGACACCGAUGAGGAGGAACAAUUGUUACAGGAAGACGAAGACAAUGCCAUUAGUUUGGCACUGCCCAAACUUUCCGCUGUCGUUGCAGAGGACAACGACGAUGAUGAGGAGGCGGAGGAAGAAAACGAUGGUGUGGGUGAAACCUAUACAUUGGAUAUAUUGCCACAAUUGAAUGUAACCUCACCAUCGACAACGCUGACUUCGACAACAUCGCGCAAUAAUAAUCUUAUCGUAAGUGACGUUCGCUUAAAAGAUUUUAAUAGCAAUCGAAUAUCAAGCGUAAGUUUCUUUGCAUUCAAUGAUAUAAAUUCUAAAAAUUUAAAUGGUGUAAGUAUAAUUAAAGUAAACAUUUUAUUGAAAAUAUUUUUGCUCGCAUUCAGUCAGAGGUUCAAAGCUUAAAGUAUUCAUUGUAAUAUGUUCUGGGUUCUAGAAAUGUUUUAAGUCAUAGGGAAUCCCCUAAAAUAUGCAGUUUUCUCAAUACAUUUAAGUUUAUUAGAAAACCUUCCUUGUUGCCCAAAUUUCUUUAUACCUUUCCAAAUUAUUUUCCUUUACUUUAUCUUUCCGCAUAUAUUUUAAUUUAUAUACAAGCAAGACAAUUUCAUUCAUUUUAUUUCGCCCAUAAAAAACACCUGUUGUAUUGUUAUAAAAUAUAUAUCUCGUUUGACAUGACACAUUUAGGAAAUCAACAAAGAAGAAAAUCUUUUUUGAAAAAGUCAGCCAACACAAUAGAUAAUCUCAAUGAUAUAGUAUAAGAAGAAAAACAUUUUAAAAAGCUUAAAGAAAUGUUGACGAUCAAAUAAAUUAGAAAUAAAAGGCAAAAAAAAAAGAAACUCACACACACAGAAUCUUUAGCGAGAAAAAAUUGGCAAGCAAUUUUUAAGUGGAAAAUCCAAACAUUGAAAAAAAAUAUAAAUUUUUGUUUCAAUUUUCUAAAAAUACAGGGAGGAAGCCAAAAAAAUCAAAAAAAUAAGGGAGAGAAGGAAAACUUUCCAAGUGAAUGAGAGAAGAAAAACCUUCUCUCACUCUAGAGAACAAAACAGCUGAUAGCCUACAGAGUAUAAGAGAGCGAUCUUUCUCACUCUUGCUCUCAUUCUCUUCGC